UCAGUGCUUCACGAUUCUAGCCGCCACUUCACGAAGCCUCCGCCUUUCGCAGAUUCUUGAGGAAGGUACUCAGUUUACUCACAGCUCCUCUCCUUGAUUUCUAGCUUGAACAUUGAUUGUUUGAAGGAGUUGACGCCUUGAUUCCCUUGGAGGCUAGGUCGAUUUCUAGCCUUGAAUUCUUGAUUCCCUGUUCCUUUGCAUUCUAAUUUCUAGGUUAAUUUGCCUUUGCCAUUUCCAACCAAGCAUUCCUUCAAUGGCGGCUUCAACAGCAUUCUCUGGCUCCCUCACUUUCAACAUUUCCUCCGCUCAACACAAGACUUCUCGUCUCACCCAUCUUUCUUCCGCAAUACUCCCUUCCAAUGCCCAUACCUACCCCUGCAAACCCCUUGUUUCUACUUCCACUCCCUCACAAUCUCACCGAAUAGUCUCCUCUCUUCGAUCCGCCGCCGCGGCCGCCGACUCAACUACCACCUUCCACGGCGUCUGUUACGUCGUUGGCGACAACAUCGACACUGACCAAAUCAUUCCCGCCGAGUACCUUACCCUAGUCCCUUCCAAGCCGGAGGAAUACCAAAAGUUGGGGUCAUAUGCCCUAUGCGGACUCCCAUCUACCUACCAGACCCGAUUCGUUGAACCGGGUGAAUUCAAAUCUAAGUACUCAAUUGUUAUCGGGGGCGAUAAUUUCGGGUGCGGGUCCUCUCGUGAGCAUGCCCCCGUUGCCCUCGGCGCCGCGGGCGUGUCCGCGGUGGUGGCGGAGUCUUAUGCCCGGAUAUUCUUCCGGAACUCGGUGUCCACCGGGGAGAUUUAUCCGCUGGAAUCCGAGGUGAGGAUAUGCGAGGAGUGCAAUACUGGAGAUGUGGUGACUGUUGAGCUGGGUGAAAAUAAGUUGAUCAACCACACUACUGGGAAGGAAUACAAGCUGAAACCAAUUGGGGAUGCUGGCCCGGUGGUUGAAGCCGGUGGGAUUUUCGCCUACGCAAGGAAGACGGGGAUGAUCCCUUCCCGCCAGGCGUAGAAUACUGAAACUGGGUAAUUUUUGGAAGAUUACACAUCCGCUUCUGUGACUCUAAUUGAGGUUACAGAAUUGUUCAAAAGCCUCAUGAAACUAAUAUGUUUUAGCUAAACAAUUAGUUUUGGAUGAAUGCUCAUUUUUAAUUUUAUAUUUUUGAUUUUAUAUGAAUUGAAACUUAACCCAGAAAGUAGAUGACUCAUGUGUCAUGUAUUGUAGCUCUCUCUUAAUAGGUUGGCACAUGACUUUCUUGAAAUUAAGAUUUAUGGAGAUUGUACCAGUGGAUGUGUAAUAAUUCUUGCAUAGCUAUAGCUAGUUCAUGCCUUGAUCUA